ACGUGUGCUCGAGGCGUUUUUUUCUCUGCUGCGACCGCAUUGCUACAAAGUUUACAGUAUCCACAUUUGAGUCCUACGAGCGGAGUUUAGAAUUUAUAAGUGUUUCAGCGUCAAAGAAGCUUUUGUUACAUUUCAAGUUCGUCUUCAUGGUAACAUAAACCGUUGUGUGUAUGUUCUGGAGACGAUAAAAGACUCAGUGACACAUAGCUCAGCUUUCCAUCUGCUGUCGAUUUUAUUGGUAGACAGGGGUUUUUGUGGUGCUGGUCGAUGUGACGGCGGUUGUUGACUUCACCAGCACGAGUGUUGCUUCCACUUUACAUGUGGAGCAUGUGCUCUUUGUUAUUUUAGUUUAUAUUCAUUGUUGCGUCACACAGGUUCAGUGAGUUCUUGUAUUUUCUUACUUAAAGAUGCGUCUGCAUGGUGGAAGUCUAAACCAACAAGAGCUCAGAUUUUAGUGUGGAAACUGCUCUUCAGGUAUUAACGGAUUGUUUUGACGAUUUUGGGGGAAACGUAACCAAAUACCUUGACUCCAAAGCAACAUGCCUAUUAGGCGUUUUGGGGGUCACAGGUCUCUGGUCUCUCACUCGCCAAAGCUGUCGUAUGGUUACAAGAAAAUGAAUGUUUCAAGAAGCGGCUACCGUGUUUUUUCUGCCAACUCCACCACCGCCAGCACCGAGCUGGCCAAGAAGAUCACAGAACGCUUGGGUGUCGAGUUGGGCAAGUCAGUGGUUUGUCAAGAAUCAAAUACAGAGACUAGAGUGGAUGUGAAGGAGUCUGUUCGUGGGCAAGACAUCUUUAUCAUUCAGACCAUUCCCAGAGAUGUCAACACAGCCAUCAUGGAGCUGCUGGUUAUGGCUUAUGCCCUGAAGACGUCCUGUGCCAAGAACAUCAUCGGGGUCAUUCCCUACUUUCCAUACAGCAAGCAGUGCAAGAUGAGGAAGAGAGGAUCCGUUGUCUGCAAGCUGCUGGCAUCCAUGUUAGCUAAAGCUGGACUAACUCACAUCAUCACCAUGGACCUUCACCAGAAAGAAAUCCAGGGCUUCUUCAGCUUCCCUGUUGACAACCUGAGAGCUUCCCCCUUCCUCAUCCAGUACAUCCAGGAGGAGAUUCCAGACUACAGGAAUGCCGUAAUUGUUGCAAAGACCCCUUCAGCUGCCAAGAGAGCUCAGUCCUACGCUGAGAGGCUGCGACUGGGGCUGGCAGUGAUGCAUGGGGAGGCCCAUCAUUCAGAGUCAGACAUGGCUGAUGGUCGACACUCUCCCCCCUUGUCCCGCACCACCACAGGACACACCGGCCUGGAGCUGCCAUGCAGCAAGCGUCACAUCCCAUUCCCUGGGAUAGAGCUCCCAAUGAUGAUGGCAAAGGAGAAGCCACCUAUCACUGUUGUUGGAGAUGUAGGAGGCAGAAUCGCCAUCAUUGUUGAUGACAUCAUAGAUGAUGUGGAGGACUUUGUUGCAGCAGCAGAAAUCCUGAAGGAGAGGGGAGCCUACAAGAUUUACAUCAUGGCUACACAUGGACUGCUGUCUGCAGAUGCACCAAGACUAAUAGAGGAGUCUGCUAUUGAUGAGGUGGUGGUGACCAACACUGUACCCCAUGAGGUACAGAAGCUGCAGUGUCCAAAAAUCAAAACUGUGGAUGUCAGUAUGAUCCUGGCUGAGGCCAUCCGCCGCAUCCACAACGGAGAGUCCAUGGCCUAUCUGUUCCGUAACAUCGCUGUGGAUGACUGAGGCAACACACACGUACAUACAUUUACAUUCCUGCACAUACAAAGUAAACAUUACCAAGCACACACACAGAUGACCAAGAAUUAAGUUUACUCCAGUCACUGCUUUAACCUGCUAUUUUUGUUUGUUUUGCUGAUAAACAUGUUGACAGAAAUUGGCUUUAUUUAGUGGAUGUUAAAUAUGAAGCAACUCAAAGCUUUAUUCCUCUGAUAUGUUACAUAGCAGGACUGUACAAACAAUACAAACUGUUGUACUUCACUAAUAUUUGCUUCCUACCAUCUGAAAACAUGAAUAGCACAACAUAAUGUAUCAUGUGUAGCCUCUCAGUACACUGCAGAAUUUGGCAAAUAAAACAAUUUUUCUUGGGUGAGUAAA